AUGUCCAGCGAGCUCUUCCUCUUCUUUCCGGACAUACUUGUGAGACAAGCCUGCCACCUCUGCACCUUGCAGAUUAGACUCCUCCACAUCUUCCUGUUUGAUUCCAUCCAGGUGCACUCUGGGAACACUGCCAUGUCUUUCCCUCGGUGCGCCGCGCAGCUGUGGACGACGCCUAAAUUUGAUUCCCCUCCUCGUAGCCAUAGCAACGGCCGGGGUAUUAGCCGGAUGGGUGCCGUGGCGGUGCCAGAGGCGGGAUGGGCUCCUGGUUGCAGCUCAUUGGCAGAUGACAUUGAGUGA